UUUCCACUUACUGAAAGGGAAGAAUCUGAUGAUUAGUUACUGAUCCUCUUUGCAUUUAAAAAUUUUUGGAGAUACUAAAUCAUGUUCCCAUUUAUGCUUUUUUCUACCCUGUUUUCUUCCACAUUUACUGAUCCUGGGGAGCAACGCUGGGUCUGCAACUCUUCUGAUGCAAGUGUUUGGUAUUCCUACUGUGAUAACAUAAACUACCAUAUUGCAGUUAAUGUUACUCCCUGUAUAACAUUGAAGAGAAGCAGUGGAUAUCUGCACAUUUUUUACAUUCCAAGAAGAAACAUAGAAAAUUUGUAUUUCAAUCUCUAUUUAUCUCUUUACUCCAUGAAAUAUCCAAUACGCACAGAAAUUAUAUGCCAAGGAGCUGAUGAUAUUUAUUCAUUUUGUGGAGCUCAAAAGGGAGAGACUGUGCAUACAAAAGUACGAUUCUCCUUCACGGGAGUACAAUUUUCUAAGGGGCGAUACAAACUUCUUGCAGAAGCCAUCAGCGGGAGUACUGAAGAUAGGCUCUUUUGCUUGAAUUUUACUGUUAUACAUCGCCCCAACUCCAAUUAAAAUAAAUCAAUCAUAUUUUUAUCUUUUGAAGUUUUAUUCUUCACUUUAAACUUUUUUUUGUAUGGUGUAUUAAUUUUUUUUGUUGCCAUAAAACAUUACCACAGACUGGGUGGCUUAAACAACCAACAUUUAUUUUCUCGUAGUUCUGAAGGCUGGAGAUCUGAGAUGAGUGGUGGUGGGACUGGUUUCCUCAGGUUUCUUUCAACAUGCCCAUGUUAUGAAAGACAAAGAGAUAUUGAGACAUGGCAGCUAAAUGAAAUAAGCGACUGUGAGGUUGAUCUUCACCCAAAUAGAACUGUUUAUAAAGGAACUAGUAAGACAAUUACUGAAACUGAAACAUGGGCUAUAGAUUAAAUUUAAAUUCCUGUAAAGUUUUCUGAAUCUACUGUGAACCUGUGAUUCUGACUGGUUAAUGUAGGUCUGAGUGUGCUAUUA